AUGAAUCCAUUUACAUAAUAUCCUCAAUUCUUCUAAUGUAUUGAAUCAAUCUAUUGUAUUAGACUCUUAUCCUUUUAAUUAUAAUGAGCCUUUAAUGCAAUAAUUUAACCAUUAUCAACAUUAACUCUUAAUCAAUAAUUACCUAUAUUAUUAGAGAGCUUAACAAAGCAAUAUAAUAUGGGAAGGUUCUACUCUUAAUCCUUUGAUGAUCAAGCAGGAAAACUUUGUAAAACAAGAAUAAUGCAUUUAACAAUAGUCUAACUUUGAACCAGUAGAAAUCACAACAAACAAUGAAAAUAGAAAUUCUGCCCAACUCCCAGAAAAAUAACUAAAUAUUAAGCAUAAGAAGAAUAAACGAAAGGGGAGAAAGUCAACUAAAAGAAAGUUAUAUAACAUAGGCAAAUUAUUUAAUUUAAUUUAAUAGGUCAUUGGACAACAAAGGAGCACAAUUUGUAUUUGUGUUUUAAAGAAAUGAAUAAAGACA